ACAUACCACAUACCAGAACAUCUUCAUGGAUUUAGAAGCUCUUCUCUCUCUAACACACACACACAGAGUUCUCUUAAUUAACUUACCGAUGGAGGAGAAGUUACUAUGGUCAAGUGGAGUUGGUGAUCUGAUGAAGUACAUCAUCAUUAGUAUUGCAGUAGUUACCAUCUCUUACCCGCAGCAUCUUCCGACAGCCCUUGCUCAGACAACCAACGCCACCCUUGAUCCCUCUGAAGCUAGGAUUCUGAACUCCAUAUUCCAACAAUGGGGGAUUCGGGCGAACAAUCUUUGGAACUUGAGUGGAGAAUUGUGCUCUGGCGCCGCAGUCGAUUCUACCGUCAUGCAAGACACCGCUUUCAAUCCGGCAGUCAAAUGCGAUUGCUCUUCCACCCCUUGCCACAUCACUGCCCUGAAAGUUUACGCGUUAGAUGUUAUUGGUGUGAUUCCGGAUGAACUUUGGAAGCUAAAUUUCAUCAAUGAUCUAGAUCUUGGCCAAAAUUACUUGACAGACAUACUAUCCCCUGCCAUUGCAAAUAUGAGUGGUAUGCAAUACCUAAGCCUAGGCAUUAAUGCUUUGUCAGGGGAGCUUCCAAAGGAACUUGGAUUGCUGACUGACUUAAGAUCCUUGUCCAUUGGCACAAAUAACUUUUAUGGACGUUUGCCUUCCGAACUUGGAAAUUUGAAAAAACUAACACAGCUCUAUAUAGAUAGCUCUGGUAUUAGUGGUGUUAUACCUCCAACAUUUGCAAAUCUAUUGAACCUAGAAAUACUGUGGGCAUCAGACAUUGAGCUUACCGGGAGGAUACCUGAUUUCAUUGGGAAUUGGUCAAAGCUUACUACCUUGAGGUUUGAAGGAAAUUCAUUUCAGGGCCCAAUUCCAUCUGCACUUUCAAAUUUGACCUCAAUGGUUGACUUGAGGAUAAGUGAUCUUUUGAAUGGGAGCUCUUCACUGGACUUCAUUAGGAAUAUGAAGAAUUUAAGCAAACUAAUUUUGCGGAAUAACAAUAUUUCUGGUUCCAUCCCCUCUAAUAUUGGAGAAUACCAGAGCUUGUCACUGCUGGAUUUGAGCUUCAACAAUUUGAUAGGGCGUGUUCCAGAUGAACUUUUUUACCUUCGUUCACUUGAAAAUUUGUUCCUCGGUAAUAACAAGUUAACAGGUUCCUUGCCUGUAGGAAAGAGCGAAAAUCUACAGAAUAUAGAUUUAUCAUACAAUGAAAUAUCUGGGAUCCUCCCCUACUGGACUGAUGAACAAGGCCUUCAACUGAAUCUUGUCAGCAAUUACAUUACCAUAGACAGCUCUAGUAGCAGGCGAGAGUUACACUUGACCAUAUUAUGUUCCCAAAUCAUAAUAUUCUAUUUUUGGUGUUUGAAUUUUCCCAAGGCCAUUGAUCUGUUCAUAGAUAAUAACGGGGCGUUUGGUUGGAGAGAAGGAAUUGCAAUCCCAUGGGAAAAGAAUAAUGUGGGAUUAAAUGCUCUUCCUUCAGGAUUGAAUUGUCUUCAGAAGAAUUUCUCAUGCAGGCAGGGAAAUCCCAUUUACUCUAGCUUUGCUAUUAAGUGUGGUGGUCAAGAAAUAACAUCAUCUAACCAGACAGUGUAUGAGAGGGAUAAUGAGACUCUUGGUCCGGCAACACAUUACAUGACAAGCACAGGCAGGUGGGCUGUUAGCAAUGUUGGACUGCCCUCUGAUAUAAAUAGUCCAAAAUACACAACCUUCAGUUCAUCACAGUUUACAAAUACUUUGGACUCUGAACUCUUCCAGACAGCAAGAAUUUCGGCUGGAUCUCUAAGGUACUAUGGCUUAGGCUUGAAAAACGGCAAUUACAUUGUGACCCUCCAUUUUGCAGAGUCAGUAAUCCUGAAUCCUCGUUAUCCCACUUGGAAGGUUUUUGGGAGGCGUGUCUUUAAUAUAUAUAUACAGGGAAAUCUAGAGGAGAAAGAUUUUGACAUUCAAAAAGCAGCUGGGGGAUCACUCAGAGCUGUUUCUAAGCAAUAUAAGGUUCAAGUAUCUGAAAAUCAUAUGGAGAUCCAUUUGUUUUGGGCUGGAAAAGGAACUUGUUGUGUACCUAGUCAAGGUACUUAUGGACCUUUGAUAUCAGCAAUUAGUGCAACCCCAGAUUUUGUUCCCACCGUUAGUAACAAACCUCCCUCUGAACAAAAGAAGAAUAGAAUUGUAGGAAUUGUUGUUGGAGUAGGAGUUGUGAGCUUUCUUUCUGCAUUUGCUGUGUAUUGUCUUGUUCAGAGAAGAAAAAGGCAGGACACAUAUAAUGAUGAUGAAGAGUUUUUGGGAAUGGAUGUGAAGCCAUAUACUUUUAGUUACGCUGAAUUAAGAGGUGGAACGAAUGACUUUAGUCCAUCUAAUAAGCUUGGAGAGGGAGGAUUUGGAGCCGUUUACAAGGGAACACUUGAGGAUGGGAGAAUUGCUGCUGUUAAGCAACUCUCUGUUGCCUCCCGCCAUGGGAAGAGCCAGUUUGUGGCAGAGGUUGCAACUAUUUUUGCUGUCCAGCACCGCAACCUAGUGAAGUUGUAUGGAUGCUGCUAUGAGAGAGACAAAAGGUUGAUUGUGUAUGAGUUUCUCGAAAACAAGAGUCUUGAUCAAGCACUAUUUGGAGGUAGUAACUUAUAUCUUGAUUGGCCAAGACGUUUUGAAAUAUGUUUGGGAAUAGCAAGAGGUCUAGCUUAUCUACACGAGGAAUCUCGACUAAGGAUCGUGCACAGAGAUAUCAAGGCUAGUAAUAUUCUACUCAACUCAGACCUCAACCCUAAAAUCUCAGAUUUUGGGUUGGCGAAACUCUAUGAUGAUAAAAAGACUCAUAUCAGCACUCGUAUUGCAGGCACACUUGGGUAUCUUGCACCAGAAUAUGCCAUGCUUGGCCACCUUACUGAGAAGGCUGAUGUGUUCAGCUUUGGAAUUGUUGCCUUAGAGAUAGUCAGUGGCCGGCCAAACUAUGACUCGAGCUUGGAAGAAAACAAGAUGUAUCUUCUUGAAUGGGCUUGGAAUCUACUAGAGAAUAAGCGGGAGAUUGAUUUGGUGGAUGAAAAUCUAUCCGAUUUCAACAAGGAUGAAGUAAAACGAGUAAUAGGGGUAUCGCUUUUGUGCACCCAAACAUCCCCAGUAUUUCGGCCACCAAUGUCUCGUGUGGUAGCUAUGCUUUCAGGAGGCACUGAGAUAGCAGCUGCAACUACAAGGCCCAGCUACCUCGCUGACUGGAGGUUCAAUGAUCUAACCAGCUUCAUGACUCAUAUUCAUGAUUCCCAGGAUGAUCCAUCAGUGCCUACUACUACAAGAGAUGUAAAUUCUUCACCACUAAAUACAUCUAGGCCUUUGCUUCAUGAGAUCAUUGGAGAGGGGCAAGUAAGGUCAAUUUAAGAAUGUGUUCCCAUUGCUAAAUUAUUGUGGACCCUAGUACAAAAUAACAUUCAGAUUAUGUGUGUAUACAUAACAAAUUAUGUGUCUACAGUUAACAGAUAGGUACAUAAUCUAUUAAUUGCAGAUUUUAUUAACUACAAGCAUAUAAUAUGAUAUUUAUUAAUUACAUGCA